AUGGGUUCGCUGGGCACUUACCAGGUGCCAGAAUGGUACCAUUCAGAGGUCCUUCGACCCAUCAAAGUGAUAUGCAUCGGUGCGGGAAUUUCAGGACUAUGUCUCGCAUACAAGAUGAUGACGCUGCUGGAUUCGUUCGAGCUGACAAUAUAUGAGAAGAACGACGACGUCGGUGGAACGUGGUUAGAAAAUAGAUAUCCAGGGUGUGCCUGUGACAUACCUGCUCAUAUCUAUACGUUUACCUUCGAUCCCAAGCCGGAUUGGUCCGAGUAUUAUGCUGGCUCCAAAGAAAUCCAUGGAUUUUACGAGAAGCACAAUAUCGCCCAGUUUACCAAGCUUUCUCAUGUUGUCAAGGAAGCCGUUUGGGACGAGAACACGUCGAAAUGGCGAUUGGAAAUCGAGGACCGCACCUCGACCCCCUCGAGGAUCUUCAGGGAUGAAUGCGACGUCCUCAUAAACGGAGCCGGGUUCCUGAACAAAUGGAGCUGGCCCAACAUUCCCGGUAUCGAGACGUUCCAAAAGCCAAAGCUGCACUCGGCGAGAUGGGACGCCAGUUUGGAUUUGAAGAACAAAACUGUUGGACUCAUUGGGAAUGGCUCUAGUGGGAUCCAGAUUCUUCCCCAGAUCGCAAAAGAUGUGGCCAAGUUGAAAGUAUUCAUGCGCUCACCUACCUGGAUAUCGCCCGCGUUGGGCGGCUCCGUUGCUCUUCAGUUCCAGGAUGAGCAUGGAGGUGAACACGAAAGCACAAGUGAUGCGAACCCCGGGUCGACAAAGGGUAACAAGCACGAACAGUUUACCUUUACAGAAGAAGAGAAGGAGCAGUUCCGGGCGGAUCCCCAGGCCCAUCUUCAGUUCCGUCGUCGAAUAGAAGCAGAAAUGAACGUUCUUACGGACAUGUUCAUCAACGGAAGUUCGACACAGCAACAAAUGCAUAAGUUCAUGGUCCAGCAAAUGAAAGACCGGAUGGGCCCGGGCAAUGAGGAGCUGAAGGCUAAGAUAAUCCCACAAUGGGCACCGGGAUGCCGAAGGAUCACACCUGGGGAUGGCUACCUUGAGACGCUCGUCCAGCCUCAUGUCGAGCCAAUUUUCGGCGAGAUCCAUCGACUUACCGAGACUGCGGUGCAGAUGGUUGACGGAACCUUGCACGAUGUUGAUGUCUUGGUUUGCGCCACGGGUUUUGAUACAUCCUUCAUUCCACCCUUCCCAGUCAUCGGACGCGGAGGUGUCUCGAUGGAAACCGCAUGGAAGAACAUACCCGAUGCAUAUCUUGGGAUUGCCGCUCCCGGCUUCCCGAACUACUUCAUGACAACCGGCCCACAAGGGCCCUUGGGGAACGGAACCAUUCUCCCUGCUAUCGAGACAGCAUGCGAAUAUUUCAUCACCGUAAUGAAGAAGAUGCAGGAAGAGAAGAUUAGAUCCGUGGAGCCAAAGCGUCGGGCCACCGAUCAAUUUCAUGAACACAUGAGCGCAUUCCACAAAAAAACAGUGUGGGGAUUGCCAUGCCGGUCAUGGUACAAGAACGGCACCGUCGACGGCGAACCUCAAUUGUGGUGUGGAAGCGCCCUGACUUAUGUCAAGACAAUCAAAGUCCCACGCUUUGAAGACUACGAGUUCGAAUAUGAGAACAGCAAUCAGUGGGCGUUCCUGGGCAAUGGAAAAAUCAAGGCAUUUUAUGAGCAGGUUGAUGGAAAGCCGAACAUCGACGGACUUGCACCUUAUAUACGCAACGAAGACUCCCCCUGGAUUAUCUAG